AAAUCCAGGCCACCUGGUAUGAAAAGCUGCAUGAGUGGGAGGAUGCGCUGGUAGCAUAUGACAAGAAGAUUGACAUGAACAAAGAGGAUCCAGAGCUCAUCCUGGGAAGAAUGCGUUGCUUAGAGGCCCUGGGAGAAUGGGGCCAGCUGCACCAGCAGUGCUGUGAGGAAUGGACACUGGUGAGCGAGGAAACCCAGGCCAAAAUGGCUCGUAUGGCUGCUGCUGCUGCCUGGGGUCUAGGGCACUGGGACAGUAUGGAGGAGUACACCUGUAUGAUCCCAAGAGACACGCACGAUGGUGCUUUUUAUAGAGCAGUGCUAGCCCUGCAUCAGGAUCUCUUCUCAUUGGCCCAGCAGGCUUUCUACAAGAUUUUGGAGUGUGUCUCUGGGAAUCGUUGCCCAUUCAUCCAGAAGAGCAUUUCUGAGUGUAUUGACAAAGCAAGAGACCUCCUGGAUGCUGAGCUGACAGCCAUGGCUGGAGAAAGCUACAGUCGAGCCUAUGGGGCCAUGGUGUCUUGCCAGAUGCUGUCAGAGCUAGAGGAGGUGAUCCAGUACAAGCUGGUGCCAGAGAGGAGGGACAUCAUUAGAGAAACAUGGUGGGAGAGGCUUCAGGGUUGUCAGCGUAUCGUAGAGGACUGGCAAAGGAUCCUGAUGGUCAGAUCACUUGUCAUCAGCCCCCACGAAGACAUGAGGACUUGGCUGAAAUAUGCCAGCCUCUGUGGCAAGAGCGGACGCCUGGCACUAGCCCACAAGACUCUGGUGCUCCUUCUCGGUGUUGACCCCUCCAAGCAACUUGAUCACCCACUGCCCACAGCACACCCGCAUGUCACCUACGCUUAUAUGAAGUACAUGUGGAAGAGUGCCCGCAAGAUCGAUGCCUUUCAGCACAUGCAGCACUUUGUGCAAGGGAUGCAGCAACAAGCCCAGCACGCCAUUGCAGCUGAGGACCAACAGCAUAAGCUGGAGCUCCACAAACUGAUGGCCAGAUGUUUCUUAAAGCUGGGGGAGUGGCAGCUCAGUCUGCAAGGCAUCAAUGAGAGCACCAUCCCCAAGGUUCUGCAGUAUUAUAGCCAUUCCACUGAGCAUGACCGCAACUGGUACAAGGCCUGGCAUGCCUGGGCGGUGAUGAAUUUUGAGGCGGUGUUGCAUUACAAACACCAGAACCAAGGGCGUGAGGAGAAGAAGAAGCUGCGACACGCCAGUGGUGCCAGUGCCAAUAGUGAAGCUAGCAACAGCGACAGCGAGGUUGACAGCACUGACCACAGUCCUGUGCCCUCACCUGGGCAGAAAAAGUACAAUGAGGACCUCUCGAAGACGUUGCUCCUGUACACAGUUCCUGCUGUUCAAGGUUUCUUCCGCUCCAUUUCCCUGUCCAGAGGCAAUAACCUGCAGGACACACUCAGGGUUCUGACUCUGUGGUUUGACUAUGGUCAUUGGCCUGAAGUCAACGAAGCCCUGGUGGAGGGCAUCAAGACCAUUCAAAUCGACACCUGGCUACAGGUAAUCCCUCAACUCAUAGCUCGAAUUGACACUCCACGUGCCCUGGUGGGUCGCCUCAUCCACCAGCUGCUAACAGACAUUGGACGGUAUCAUCCCCAAGCUUUAAUCUACCCACUGACUGUGGCCUCCAAGUCCACCACCACAGCCCGCCACAAUGCUGCUAACAAGAUCCUGAAGAACAUGUGUGAACACUGCAACACUCUGGUUCAGCAGGCCAUCAUGGUGAGUGAGGAGCUUAUCCGAGUGGCCAUCUUGUGGCACGAGAUGUGGCACGAGGGCCUUGAAGAGGCGUCACGUCUUUACUUUGGUGAGCGCAACGUCAAGGGUAUGUUUGCUGUGCUUGAGCCUCUACAUGCCAUGAUGGAGAGGGGACCACAGACCCUCAAAGAGACCUCUUUUAACCAGGCUUACGGCAGGGACUUGAUGGAGGCUCAGGACUGGUGUAGAAAGUACAUGCGCUCUGGAAAUGUAAAGGACCUGACCCAGGCCUGGGACCUCUACUACCAUGUAUUCAGACGCAUCUCCAAACAGCUGCCACAGCUGACCUCCCUGGAGCUACAAUAUGUCUCUCCAAAGCUGCUGAUGUGCCGGGACCUGGAGCUUGCUGUACCAGGCACUUAUGACCCCAACCAGCCUAUCAUCCGCAUCCAGUCCAUCGCUCCCUCCCUGCAGGUCAUCACCUCCAAGCAGCGCCCACGCAAACUCACUAUCAUGGGCAGUAAUGGCCACGAGUUCAUGUUCCUGUUGAAGGGCCAUGAGGACCUGAGGCAGGAUGAGAGAGUCAUGCAGCUGUUCGGUCUGGUCAACACACUGCUGGCUAACGACCCUGCGUCCUUGCGCAAGAAUCUCAGCAUUCAGCGCUACGCCGUGAUCCCCCUGUCCACCAACUCAGGCCUGAUUGGCUGGGUGCCCCACUGUGACACCCUACACGCCCUCAUCAGAGACUACAGGGAGAAGAAAAAAAUUUUGCUCAACAUUGAACAUCGCAUCAUGCUCAGGAUGGCUCCAGACUACGACCACCUGACACUGAUGGAGAAGGUGGAGGUGUUUGAGCACGCCGUCAACAACACGGCCGGAGACGACCUUGCCAAGCUCUUGUGGCUCAAGAGCCCCAGCUCUGAGGUUUGGUUCGACAGGAGGACCAAUUACACCCGCUCUCUGGCUGUGAUGUCCAUGGUGGGCUACAUCCUGGGACUGGGUGACAGGCAUCCAUCCAAUUUGAUGUUGGACCGGUUAAGUGGCAAGAUCCUCCACAUUGACUUUGGAGACUGCUUUGAGGUCGCCAUGACCCGAGAGAAGUUCCCUGAAAAGAUCCCGUUCAGACUGACGAGGAUGCUAACCAACGCUAUGGAGGUGACAGGCUUGGACGGUAACUACCGGAUCACCUGCCACACAGUGAUGGAGGUGCUGAGGGAGCACCGGGACAGCGUCAUGGCUGUGCUGGAGGCCUUCGUCUAUGACCCACUGCUCAACUGGAGGCUCAUGGACACAAACACCAAAGGCACCAAGCGUUCCCGCACCAGGACCGACUCAUACACUGCAGGACAGUCAGUGGAGGCGCUUGAGGGAAUAGACCUUGGAGAGACCACACACAAGAAACCAGGGACCACAGUGCCUGAAUCCAUUCACUCCUUUAUUGGAGACGGCUUGGUACAACCUGAGGCACUCAACAAGAAAGCCAUUCAGAUUAUCAACAGAGUGAGAGACAAACUUACAGGUCGAGACUUUUCUCAUGAUGAGACACUGGAUGUGCCAACACAAGUGGAGCUCCUCAUCAAGCAAGCCACAUCACAUGAAAACCUGUGCCAGUGCUACAUUGGAUGGUGUCCAUUUUGGUGAAGAACUGUCUUCGGCAGCCAAGGCUACACAUGACACUGGUAAACCAAGAAGAAACACUUGACUCAAAUAUCCUCUGAAAAUGUUAUUUAAGCCACAGUGGAGAGCCUUUGAGAAAGAUUUUUUGUUAUUGUUGUAGAACGACUAAGUUUAUGACAAGGUAUCUCAAGAGCUCAGUCUGAUGAUGAUGAUUUAACUCAAAAUGUUGUCAUUGCUUCAAAUGACUUUCCUUGCUUUUAACACAUUACUUGCUAAAAGCUUUCUACAGUGGCCAUAUUGUAAUAAUUUAUGACAUUUCUUACUUUACACAAUGUAUGCUUCUUAGAAACCCACCAGUCCGUUGUAUAAUUGUGGAAUAAUGUGAGCAUUUUCAAUAACAUGGACUCCCUUUUACUAACUUAAACAUUCUUUAAAGUUUAAUUCAUGACAAGAUGUGCGUAAAAUUGGAUUUGCGAUGAUCAUAAUGUACUGUAUGGGCAUCUGUGUGCCAUUAAACCUUGUACAGAUACAA